CCCCCAUUUAAAUGGUGGAGAAAAGAAACAGAGCCAUGAAUGGGAUUUAAAUUGUUUGUGAAUCAUCAAAAUGGCUGCUCAAAGCUACAUCGCCAUCUCUGAACUUCAUCCCAGUUUCUCUCAUCUGAAAAUAGCAGGGAUCAUUAUCGGGAAAAGUGAUGUAAAAAGCUUCCCUGACAGAAAAAAAUUUGGUGCAGAAAGAUUCACUUUUGGCUUCACUGUCAAGGACUCGCCCGACUUCUUUGUCAAUGUGACAGCCUGGGGAAGCGACAGUUACGUCAACGGCCUCUCCAACAGCUUCAAUGUCGGAGAUUGUGUCACCAUUGAAAACCCUUUGGUUACCAACAAAGACCCAGAGAAAGGGGAAAAAUUCUGUCCUACGACACCAAGCUUCUGCAAGCUUCUGGUGAGGGAGACAUAUUCCCAGGUGUGUCUGUGUGCUGACGUGGGCACCAUCGACAGGCUGCUGCCACUGAUGCACCUGCCAGUGAAGGACUCCAGAGAUUUCUACUCACUCGGGGACGUUGUGGCCAACGGGCAGCAGCUGGACGGCGCGGUGAUAAAUAUCCUGGCUGCGGUGAAAUCGGUUGGGGAUCCGAAACUUUUCACCACUUCAGAUGGACGCCAAGGCCAGAGGCUGGAAGUGAAGCUCUUUGAUGACUCCGUCCCCUCCUUCCCUCUCGUGUGCUGGGACAGAGAAGCCAUUCAGUUUGCUCAAACAUGGAUACCCAAGGAGACGGUGCUCUUUGUCGCCGACGUCAAGAUCAGCUUUGACAGGUUUCGCAGCGGCAUGGCGGCGAGCGUUAACUCGAAAACCAUUAUCACUGUCAAUCCCGACACGAGGGAGGCCAGUCUGCUGUUCAGCUACGCCAAGGAAGUGUCAGAGUCUGGAGGGCUGGAUCAAGAUGAAAAAACAGAGGAUGUGCCUGUGGACUCCAUCAUUGAUGUGUACACAGUGAGUCAGCUGAAGCAGAAGGCCCAGGAAAGUCCUGACGCUUUCUUUGGCAUCACCUACAGCUUCAUCUCCAAACUGGACCUGGACUCUUCUGUGUCAAAAGUCAUCAGGACUCGCUGCUCCAGGUGUAAGUUCCAGGUGAGUGAAGAUGCUCAGAGCUGCACCAACCAGCUGUGUUCGGGGAGAGAUCAGGUUCUGACGGCCACCACGGGGUUUGACCUGCUGGUGGAUUUCACCGACCACACGGGCACGCUGUCCACCUGCAGCCUCAGAAGUCCUGUGGCAGAGACGACUCUGGGCUGCACAACAGACCAGUUCGCCAGUCUGACUGACGACGAGCGCACCGCCAUGAAGUGGAAAUUUCUCUUGGAGAGAUGCAAAAUCUAUGUCAAAAUCCUGCAGUCCCCUCGGAUGAGGACUGGGAUUAAAGGGGUGGUGGUCGCCUGCUCGCUGGCCGACCCUGGAGAGGUGAAGCAGCACAUGACUGCCCUGUUACGUCUUUGAUACACACACACACAAAACACAUGUAGCCAUUUUAGUUCUCUACUGUUUGGUAAUGUUGGGAUGCCGUAUGUUGCUUGUGUUUUGUAGACACUACAUUAUUUAUUUAUUUAUUAAUGUACUUUUCAAAUCUGUCAAAUAAA